UUCCUGGGUAUCUUCACAACACAACCAACCUAUCACACCUCCCUUUCCCCCUACAUACCUAGAGACCCAACCUCCACAACCGCCCACCAUGGCUGCCCCCGCGAACAAGACUAUUGGCGACCUCAAUGGCAAAUGGACUAUGAACAAGUCCCUCUCCUCCAACAUCGAGCCCGGCCUCACCCUGCAAGGAAUCAGCUGGAUGACGCGCAAGGCCGUCGGCCUCGCCACCCUGACCCUGCAAGUCAAGCAGUACGAGGGCCCGCCCUCGCCCGCGGAGAAGCCGACGGAGGGCAUCACCUCGUGCACGCACAUCGACGUGGAGCAGACGGGCACGGGCGGGCUCAAGGGCUCGUCGGAGAAGCGGUGCCUGGACUUUGCCUUCCGCGAGCACCGCGACUGGCUGUUUGGGCACGUCAAGGGCCAGACCAAGUUCGUCAAGGCCGAGGAGGUGACGGAUGAGUUUUUGAAAUCGGGGUGGUUGGAUGGCGAGGCGGAGAAGGCGGGGCCCGAUGGCGCGCUGCAUCUGCUGAGCUAUGUGGAGAGCUUGGAUAGUGACUGGACGGCGACGCAGAUCUGGGGGUUUAAGAUUGUCGACGGCGUGCGCAGGCAUGUUAGGAAUGUGGUCAUUGCUAAGGGGGCCGAGAGGGCGGAGCUGGAGCUGGUUUACGACUUCAUUAGCGAGUAAGGGGUAGCCGCGGCAGUUGGGGAUGAUGAGGGUGCUGUUGUAAUGUAUAGAUGGGGAGAGAGAUACGGGUCCUUAGAGUGGCGGGAUGCGGGAGCAUUACAUUGGAGGUCGGCCAAUCUCUCGCGACUACGCAUAUAUAGGCUAGAUCGCAGCAAUAACAUUGCAUCCGCAAAACCGAACAUGGCCCGGCCCGUUGCUCCGUGUAUCCUCUCUGGAAUUGUUGAUGAAAUAAUGCCUAAGCGUGAGCUCCGAGGGGAAGGAAUCUGAGCCUCCCAUCCAGCCUUGGGUAUUGUCCGCCUGUCUUUCCUGAGU